AUGCCGCGCUCCUUUCUGGUCAAGAAGCACAUUAACUCUGCCAAGAAGCCCAACUACAGCGAGCUGGAAAGUCCAACAGUGCUGAUCAUGCCGCACUUCUACAAGAGCCUUCCGUUGCCGGUCAUCCCUCAACCGGAGUUCCUGAGCCCGGCUGCAUACAGCCCCAUCACGGUGUGGACCACCAGCAGCCUCCCGCUCUCCCCGCUGCCCAGCGACUUGUCCCCGUUAUCCGGAUACCCUUCGUCGCUCUCCUCGUCCUCCUCCUCCAAGGACCACAGCGGCUCCGAAAGCCCUCGAAGCGACGAGGAGGAACCCGGGCCGCCCCGGCAGGACGCGGACAAGUUCCAGUGCGUCCAGUGCGCCAAGUCCUAUUCGACCUACUCGGGACUCGUCAAGCACAAGCAGCUGCACUGCGACGCGCUGCAGGCCCGCAAGUGCUUUACUUGUAAAUACUGUGAGAAGGAGUACGUGAGCCUGGGAGCAUUAAAGAUGCACAUUAGGACUCACACGUUGCCGUGCGUUUGCAAAAUAUGCGGGAAAGCCUUCUCCAGGCCCUGGCUGCUGCAGGGACACAUCAGGACGCACACGGGCGAGAAGCCCUUCUCGUGUCCCCACUGCAAGCGGGCCUUUGCGGACAGAUCCAACCUCAGGGCUCACCUACAAACCCACUCAGAUGUGAAAAAGUACCAAUGCAAGAACUGCUCCAAAACGUUUUCACGGAUGUCGCUGUUGCACAAGCACGAGGAAUCCGCUUGCUGCGUAGCGCACUGA